GGGUGGUGGCUUUUUCACUUCCAGGCAAAACCCACUGCUCUGCAGGGAAAGUCUGCAAGCUGAUGUAUUCUCUUACAGACAUUUUCACUAAGACUUUCCACUUUUGGGUGAAGUGGUAGGUGGCCCCUUGUUCUUACAUCUGUCCAUCUUCUCUUGGGCAGAAUGAGGAUGGGCAAUAGCAUGUCUGAGGGGAGGAAGGGCAGCCCCAGCUUGAGCUGAGCCUGUACAUUUGUACUUGAACUGUGCUGGCUCUUCCACCCCUCUGAUUCUCUCCCUUUUGCCUCAGCAUGAAGCUCCACCACCAGCUGCUGGGCGCUGUGCUUCUCCUGCUGCUGGCUGGCUGUGGCGGCGUGCUCCAGACCUCUGCCAUCGACCUGCGGACCUUCAUUGGCUGUGCUGUGCGCGAGUUCACUUUCCUGGCCAAGAAACCUGGCUGCAGGGGGCUGCGGGUGACAACGGAUGCGUGCUGGGGACGCUGCGAGACCUGGGAGAAACCGGUGCUGGAACCACCUUACAUUGAGUCUUACCACCGUGUCUGCACCUACAAUGAGACAAAGAUGAUGACAGUGAAGCUGCCCAAGUGUGCCCCUGAUGUGGAUCCCUUCUACACCUACCCUGUGGCCAUCCGCUGCGACUGCGACAUCUGCUCCACUGCCACCACUGAAUGUGAAACUGCCUGAGCUCUCCUUUCCCAUGUCAAGUGAGGAGAGGCCAGCUUCUUCUCCGGCUUCUUCUCCCUGGUACCUCCAACAUUACAGAGGGUGUAACUAUGACAGUCAAGGAUUUGAUGAUACCCUUUAAUGAUCUUAAUGGUUAACUUUUCUGGGCAGAUGAGGCUUAACCCCACUCCUCAUGCUGUUCAAAGCAUUACUGCUGU